AAUCGAUAGCUGACGCAUCUCUCGGUCAUCGAUAACUACGUAGCAAGAAAAAAAGCAAACACGUCACAACACUUUAGCCACAGUUGCACGCGUAAAUAGAGAUUAGAAAAAAAUGGCCAAACAAGUGGCCGAUUUUCAGGCCAGCAAGCUCCAGUUCUACCAGAAGCUGGCCCUUGGCAUUAUCCUUGGAGGCGUGCUCCUUUCCCUGCCGUCGUUAUGUGCCGGCCAGGGCAAUCCCAGUUUCAAAUACUCGCGGGAAGCCAACGAAAACUUUGAUCCACAGAAGGCUCCGCGGGCAGAGCACCAUCAUCACCAUGAUCAUGAUCAUGACCACGAUCAUGAACAUCAUCAUCACGGGCACGAUCAUCACCACGACCACGAUCACGAUCAUGGGCAUCAUCAUCACGGCCACGAUCAUGGACACCAUCAUCAAGAGAGUCAUAUCAAGGCAAAGCCGGCAUUGGAUAUGAGCACCAUUUGGUUGCACUCUAUUGGAUCUACUCUCCUUAUCAGUGCAGCGCCAUUCGUGCUUCUCUACAUCAUUCCCCUCGAUAACAGUGAGGCGAUGAAGCCGCGUCUUAAAGUGCUGCUCGCCUUUGCAUCUGGCGGUUUGCUUGGCGAUGCCUUUCUUCACUUAAUUCCUCACGCCACGCAUCCUCACAGUCAUGGAGAGCAUGACCACGACCAUGGCCACCAUCAUGAUCAUCACGAAGGCGAAGAACACGAACAUGGACAUAGCCAUGAUAUGAGUAUUGGCCUGUGGGUUCUCGGUGGAAUUAUUGCCUUCCUGUCGGUUGAGAAACUAGUGCGCAUUUUAAAAGGUGGCGGUGGAGGUCAUGGCCACAGCCAUGGAGCACCGAAACCCAAGCCUGUGGCUCCAAAAAAGAAGUCAUCUGACAAAGAAGACAGCGGAGAUGGAGACAAACCCGAUAAGCAAGCCAAGAAAACCAAGCCUAAGCAACAAGAAGCUGAACCGGAGGGCGAAGUGGAGAUAUCCGGUUACCUAAACCUUGCUGCUGACUUUGCUCACAAUUUCACUGACGGUCUGGCCAUCGGUGCAUCCUAUUUGGCGGGCAACAGUAUUGGCAUUGUGACCACUGUUACUAUCUUGCUGCACGAAGUUCCCCACGAGAUUGGCGACUUUGCCAUCCUUAUCAAAUCGGGCUGUUCGAGACGCAAGGCAAUGCUGCUGCAGCUGGUCACGGCACUCGGAGCUCUGGCGGGCACAGCGCUGGCCCUUUUGGGAGCCGGAAGCGGAGACGGAUCGGCGCCCUGGGUUCUGCCCUUCACCGCUGGCGGUUUCAUUUAUAUUGCAACGGUGAGCGUGCUGCCGGAGCUGCUAGAGGAGUCCACCAAGCUAAAACAGUCGCUUAAAGAAAUCUUUGCACUGCUUACUGGCGUUGCCCUGAUGAUUGUAAUAGCGAAAUUUGAGUAGUGUAAAGAGUUAUGUGCCUUCCCAUUCCCUUCUCAAAGAAGGUACCAAACUCUUUAAAACUGAUAGAUUUUAAAACUGGAUUUUAAAAUCAAAGCGAUUUCUCCUUAUACUCGAGGCAGCGAUAUUUUUAAGCCUUCAAAAUUUGCGCUUUACUUCGAAAUCAAAUUUGUAUAAAUAGUCAAAAAAAAUACACUGUAAAAGAGACCUCACUAA